AUGACCGGACCAGAAAUGCGAUACCCAACUCUGGAGAAGAUGGCGCUGGCGGUCGUCGAAGCGGCGAGAAAGCUUCGCCCGUCCAGAAGACUAACGAAGUGGGCUAUCGAACUCGGUGAGCUUGAUAUCACUUACAAGAAUAGAACCGCAGAGAAAUCUCAGGUUCUUGCAGACUUCUUAAUCGAAUUGGCCCCAGAGUUGGAGCAAGAUAUCACACUCCCAAGCCCAAACUGGACACUGCAUGUCGACGGAUCUUCGACUAACAAGGGCGCAGGUGCCGGAGUUCAACUACAGUCCCCGACCGGCGAACUGAUCAGACAGUCUUUUAGCUUCGGCUUUCCAGCCUCGAACAACAAAGCAGAAUACGAAUCUUUGAUCGCUGGACUCUGCUUAGCAAAAGCUUUCAAGGCCAAACGCCUAAGCGCCUACUGCGACUCGCAGUUAGUCGCCAGUCAGUUUUGCGGCGAUUGCGACGUCCACAAUGAUCGGAUGGACGCCUACCUCAAGAUAGGACAGGGCUUAGCCGCAGAUUUCGAAUUCUUCGAACUCGUCAAAGUUCCCAGAGGAGAAAACGUCUGCGCCGACGCCCUUGCAGCCCUUGGAAGCAAGCUUCGGGACCAAGUUAAACGAACCAUUCCAAUACACCGCAUUGAGACACCGAGCAUCGAUAUCUCGAUGGACCAAACCAUCGUCAUUGCCCUAGUCACCGAAACCGACACGCUCGUUACUGAUGGAUUCGGCCCUGACUGGCGAACUGAGUUCAUCGACUAUCUCUCAAAGGGGGAACUUCCAACCGAGAAAUGGGCAGCCCGCCGACUAAAAACACGCAGUGCCCAUUAUGUCGUCCUAGACGACGAACUCCAUCGAUGGACUGCGAGUAAAGUACUCCUCAAAUGUAUCCAUGGCGAAGAAACGGUCAGGGUUAUGGCCGAAACACACGAAGGCGCUGGAGGAAACCAUUCGGGCGGACGAGCAUUAGCAAUCAAAGUGAGAAGCCUAGGCUUCUUCUGGUCGACGAUGAAUGCAAAUUGCGAGUCCUACGCCAGAAGCUGCGACAAAUGCCAACGGCACGCACCAAGCAUCCAUUGUCCAACUGAAAUGUUAAGAACGCCGGUCGCGCCGUACCCGUUCAUGCGAUGGGCAAUGGAUAUCAUAGGACCUCUUCCCUGCUCCCGCCAGCGGCGUUUCAUUCUCGCCCUCACUGAUUACUUCACCAAAUGGAUCGAAGUUGAAGCCUACGCUCAAGUCACCGACAAAGAAGUCCGUGGUUUCGUCUGGAAAAACAUUAUAUGCCGCCACGGUCUACCGUAUGAAAUCUUUACUGAUAAUGGAUCACAGUUCAUGUCAGGCAACUUCAAGGAGUUUUGCAGCAAAUGGAACAUUCGAUUAAACCCUUCCACCCCUCGUUACCCGCAGGGAAACGGCCAAGCGGAAUCCUCCAACAAGCUCAUCAUCGACGGUAUUAAGAAAUGUUUAGACCUGAAAAAUGGUCAUUGGGCCGACGAACUCGACGGAGUUCUAUGGAGCCACCGUACAACACCAAGAGGGUCGACCAAAUCGACACCUUUCUCUCUUGCAUACGGUGUCGAGGCUAUGGCUUUCGCAGAAGUUAACGUUUCAAGCCUCCGACGCUCGAAAAUGCCCCAGUACGUCGAACUCAACAAGGAGAUGCCGCUUGAUGCCCUCAACGAAAUUGAAGAACGACGGGACCAAGCUCUGCUACGAAUCCAAAAUUAUCAACAUCAAAUAGAAAGUUACUGCAAACAAAAGGUCCGAGCCAGACCCCUUGAACUCGGUGACCUUGUCAUGCGCAAAGUGUUCGAGAACACUAAGGAGCUGAACGCCGGUAAACUCGGCGCUAGGUGGGAAGGUCAAGAAUUUAUUGUCUCUAGGCGAAUAUAUCGCGAGACUCUAAAGAUAACUGAAAUUUACUUAGACAAGUUGCAAGUACAUAUAAAGAACACAACAACCCGCAAAUCUAAAGUCCGCUUGAAAACAGCGACUUACCGAUAA